CCAUGGUUGCUGGGGGUGCUUUGUGACAGUGUCCUCUGUGUCCCUUUGUGGGCAUGUCCCUUCGAGGCGUGUUCGGGGGCUCUUUGUGACACAGAGGCCAUGCCCAGAGGCCACUGUGACCUCUGGGGGGUUUUGGGGCACAGAGGGCCAGGGUGCCACUGCCCCGAGCGCCUUUCUCAGGAGGCAGCAGCAGCCUGAGAACCUCUGCAGGAAAGUAUGACAGAGACACCCAACAGGGAGAAGGUGGAGCACAGGCAGCCACAGCAGGAGAGCUGCUGCCCAAAUGCUCCUCCUGAGGCACAAGAAGCAGCACCGGCAGCAGCCCUGGGCGAGGAGGCAUCCUCAGCAGGGACACAGAGCCAUGUCCCAUCCCUGCAGAGCUCCUGCUCUCCCCCAGGCCCCUCAUCUGCCCAGGGGGCAGCCCAGACCCUCAGCGGGCAUGGGUCAGUGCUGGAAGCACCAGAGCCCGGGGAGGGGGCCUGGGCCAGCGAGGAGGAAAAGGGAGAUGUCUGCCAUCCCCUUGAGCCGUGCCGAGGGGAAAGCCACAUGGAACGAGAGCUUUCCCAAGGGGAAACCAACAGAAUCCCAGAGCCAUCCCACGGGGAAAACAGCGGGGACAAAACACCGCCGCGUGAAAACUUGCGACGCAUCAUAAUCCGCACGGUCUGGAUCAACCCCAGCUACCCGGAGCUCUUGCAGGAACCCCUCCAGGAGGAGGCAAAGGCAGCAGCUCCUUCUGCCUCAGCAGGGACACAGAGCCCUGCCCUGGGCAGCCCCCGCUGCUCCCCUUGCUCCUCACGGACCCUCGGUGACCUGCAGCGUGCCCACCGGCGGCCCUCCAGCUCCAGGCGGGCUCUGCAGGCACUGUGCACCCUGCUCUGGUGCUCCUGAUGGAGCUGAGCUGGGUGAUUAGUGCAUGCUGCCAGACCAAUUCAAAUCCGUUCACUUGGAGUAGUUCAGUUGUCAAGAAUUGUUUUUAUAUUUGCAAAUCGUCAUUGUCCCUCGUUACUGCACAGAGACUCAAAGCAACAAACACCUUUCCUGCAGGAGGACACGCCAAUAAAAGAUGCUGAUUUGCCAGCAGUGCUCAGUGAGCCACCUCGGGACCCAGGUGGGUUCCAGCAGCACCAGA